AAAAAUAACAAAAUCACCAAUAACUAACCAUGCCUCCACAAAAGUUCAACUUUAACUUUGCUCCUGCUGAAGAAGAAGACUUCGAUGAAGAAGAAGAUAUCGAAGAAGAAAUGUAUGGUCACCCAAUGCUCAUGAGAAAGGCUACCCCAGAAGAACUCGAAAAGAUUGAAAAGAAGCAACUUGCUGAAUAUCCAGCCAAGACUCAAAAGGUUAUUGGUGUUUUGAAGAACCUCCAACAAAAGUACUCUGAUUUGGAAAAGCAAUUCGAAGAAGAAUACUUGAAGCUCAGAGAAAAGUAUGCUGCUCUCUAUGCUCCAGUUAUUAUUAGAAGAAACGAAAUUGUUACUGGUGAAGUUGAAGCUACCUCUGAAGAAUUGUCUACUGUUGCUUUGUCCGAAGUUACCACUGAAAAGACUGAAGAUUUGAAGGGUGUUCCAGAUUUCUGGUACAAGGUUUUGCUCCACUCUGAAAUCAAGGCUGAAUUGAUCCAAGAAGAUGAUUUGGAAGCUUUGAAGUUCUUGAAGAAUGUUGUCAUGGAAGAAUUCCCAGCCAAGCCAAAGGAAGAAUCUGCUGAAAAGAAGGAAGAAGAAGAAGAAGAAGAAAUUGAUUACAAGCAUAAUCCAGGUUUCAGAAUUAUCUUCCAAUUCAAUGAAAAUCCAUUCUUCACCAACACUCAACUCGUCAAGUCAUACUAUUACGAAGAAGCCGAUAGUGAAGAUAUUGCCACUUCUGAAGGUACUGAAAUUACCUGGGCUGAAGGUAAGGAUUUGACUGUCAAGGUUACCACCAAGAAGCAAAAGCACAAGUCUGGAAACAGAACCAGAACUAUUCAAGUUAAGGAACCAAAGGACUCUUUCUUCAACUUCUUCAAGAAUCUCGAUGAAGAAAUUCAAAAGGAAGAAAAUGAAGAAAACAUGAUCUUGCAAGAAUUGUUGGAAGCUGAUGCUGAAAUCGGAGACAUUCUCAAGGAAAGAAUUAUUCCAAACGCUGUUGAUUACUUCUUGAACGUUGCUUUGCCAAAGGAAGGUGAUUUCUCAACUGUCCCAGAAGUUGCUGACAUGCUCACUCAAAUCCAAGCUGGUCUUACUCAACCACAAGGAGAAGGUGGUGAACAACCUGCUGCUGGCCAACAAGAAUGCAAGCAACAAUAAGUUCUUUGUAAAUUUAAUUUAUUAGUUUUUCAAA